UCAUAUGCAACACAUGCAGAUUAAAUUGUUUAUAAAUUAAAAUAAUUAAUAAAUUUAGCAUAUAAUAAAUGACAAUAACCCGCAGCUUUACUUUGCUGCAAAGCAUCAGCUCACACGCUCGAUGGCAACGUUUUUAUAGCAGUGCGAAAUUGAGAAACAUUGGCAUUUUAGCGCAUAUCGAUGCAGGCAAAACAACCACAACGGAGCGCAUGCUCUUCUAUGCCGGUAAAACACGCACGAUGGGGGAGGUGCAUCGUGGUAAUACAGUGACAGAUUGCCUGACACAGGAACGUGAGCGUGGUAUAACAAUAUGUAGUUCGGCGGUAGCUUUCAAUUGGCAGGGACACAAGAUAAAUCUUCUAGACACACCAGGUCACAUAGACUUUACCAUGGAGGUGGAACAAUCAUUACAUGCUGUAGAUGGUGUUGUUGUAGUUUUAGAUGGCACAUCUGGAGUAGAAGCACAGACAAUUACUGUAUGGACACAAGCUGAGAAACAUCGUUUGCCGAAAUUAGUAUUCGUGAAUAAAAUGGAUCGCCCUGGUGCAGAUUUCAACGCCUGUGUGAGGGAUUUAUCAACAAAGUUGGAUGUAAAGCCAGUUUGUUUGCAAUCAACACUGAAGGAUGAGAAGGGGAAUUUAACUAUUUUCGAUGUAAUUACUCAACAAGCACUGAUUUGGGAUAGUGCUAGUUUGGGUCGUGAGUACAAAACGCUUCCACUUCUAGAUAAGCACAUCGCUGAUUUACAACACAAACGUUAUGCGUUAAUUGAUGAGCUUUCCGGUAUUGAUGAUGAAUUAGCGCAGGUUGUUAUAAGCAAUGAGGGCUUUGAUCUAGUCAGCAAUGAAUUGAUACAACAAGCUUUACGGCGUGCUGUUGCGCAACGUAAAGUGGUACCAGUACUUUUGGGUUCAGCAUAUAAAAAUGUGGGCGUACAGCGUGUAAUGGAUGCAAUCAUUGACUAUUUGCCAGCCCCACACGAACGAAAUCAGCUUUACGAUUGUUUUGGGGAUGACUUUGUGGGCAGAGUUUUCAAAAUCAUACAUGAUAAACAGCGUGGUGCGCUAACAUUGGUGCGUGUCUUCCGUGGUGAAUUGAAGAAGGGCUCGAGGUUGGUGACCACACAUAAUACUGCAGAAGUGGUGAGUAAAGUGUAUGAGCCUUUGGCGGAUGAAUAUCGUGAAAUUUGCGGUGUACCAGCUGGGGAUGUUGCCAUCUGUGCGGGCUUGAAGCACACAGUUACAGGUGAUUUGCUCACAACUAGCGGUUCAUCGCUGAAAAAUGCGCAAAAACGUUUGCAGAAAACGAUGAAACUACCUGAAAGCGACGUGAUGACUGAAGAUAGUGAUACCGAAGAUAACGCUGAUGUGACGCUUGUUAAAGAGAUAUUCGCCACUGCUCCUCGAAUUCCCGAUGCUGUAUAUUUUUGCUCAAUCGAACCACCUAGUUUGGCAACACAGAACGCCAUGGAGGCAGCAUUGAAACAAUUGCAACGUGAAGAUCCCAGCUUGCGUGUAAACUAUGACUCUGUUACCGGUCAAACUGUGUUGGGCGGCAUGGGUGAGCUUCACAUGGACAUUGUGAAAUCUCGCAUACUUACCGAAUACAAAAUCGAUGUCGAUUUGGGUCCGUUGCAAAUAGCCUACAAAGAAACAAUAGAGGAGCCAGCGCUGGAAAGCUUUCAAGUGGAGAAAGAAAUAGCGGGGAGUAAACAGAGCGUAACCAUUACAUUAGAACUGUUGCGUGAACAAAAUGAACUUUUCAGUUUGGAUAAAUCCGGUGAGAAUGCAUCAAAUUUGAAUACUAUCCGUCCGCGCAUGCUGCAUGUGAUACGCAAGGGUGCAUUGUCGGCUUUGGAACGUGGUCCACGUGUUGGUGGUCAGGUGGUAGAUACACAAAUACGUCUGCAUAGUAUAACAAUAGGGCGUGGUACGGCCGAUUCAUUUGUUAUGGCUGCCGCGGCGCAAUGCGUACAAAAGAUAUUAACCACAGUAGGUACACGCUUGCUCGAACCAGUUAUGGCGCUGGAAAUUGUUGCACCGUCCGAGCGCAUAUCGGCCAUUAUAGCCGACUUGUCACGUCGUCGUGCCACUAUAAACGACGUGCGACCGAAGAGUGAGCAUAAUAAGGUCAUAUAUGUGAAUGCGCCAUUGGCUGAGUUGUCGGGAUAUUCCAGCGUUUUGCGCAGCAUAAGCUCAGGCACGGCGGGUAUGACAAUGCAACCGUGCGGUUUUUCUAAUAUGAACUCAAACGAUGAGGUGCGCGCAAUACAAAAAGCACAAGGGUUCGAGUAAAUUAAGUGAGGCAAUAGAAACGGCGUAGACGUCAUCAAUGGACAAGUUAACUAUAAUAAUAGGCUGAUAAUUGUACAUAGCAACUGAAAACUUAUUGAAAUAAAUGUAUAUUUAUUAA